CUGUCCUCACCACCUCUCACGUGUUCAUGUUUAACCCAUACCCGCAAACAACACUGUCAAUGACGAAACCGUAUCUUCCCCAGUAACAUCAACCUAAACGCACUUCACAGAAUUACUUAAGUUACCUCAUCUCUACUUCACUUUGGCUUCAGUUUAAGUCCUGCGGCGCAAUGGCCGCCCUGCGCGCAGCAAAGCAAGCCCUGAGGAAAGACUUGAAGCGAAGGGUGGCGGCGCUGAGUGCCGAGGAGAAGCAGCGACAGUCUGAAGUCCUCUCACGGCAGCUGUUAAGACACCCCAAGUAUUUGUCCUGUGAGAAGAUUGCUGUGUUUCUAAGCAUGGAUGACGAGGUGCGCACAGAGCAAAUCAUCAACGAUCUGUUCAAAUGGGGUAAAAGAUGCUUCAUUCCAAGAUAUGAGAGCAGCAGCAGCCACAUGGACAUGUUGGAGCUCAAUAGUCUGCAGGACAUGGAGACGUUGCCUCUGACAUCAUGGAACAUCAGGCAGCCUGCUAAAGAUGACAACAGAAGAGAGGAAGCGCUGGCUGCUGGGGGUCUGGACCUGAUCCUCAUGCCUGGCCUGGGGUUUGACCGGUUUGGGAGACGUCUGGGAAGAGGGAGGGGCUUCUAUGACACGUACUUGGAGCGCUGCAUCAGACACCCCAAAGGAAAGCCCUACACCAUCGCCUUGGCCUUCAAAGAGCAGCUUUGUCAGGAAAUCCCUGUCGACGACAACGAUGUGCUCAUAGAUGAAAUCCUGUAUGAGGAUGAUGAGUAGCUAGUCCGUCAUGAACUCCAGGCUGGCCAUAUUUACAAGUCAAAGUCCGCCAACUGUUUAACCUGGCCUCUCAAUCGAACACUUUGCUUCUUCACUUUUUUGUGGCUGUAUGCACCUGAUCCGAAAUCAGUGGUACACACUUCAGUAUGACCUGCUUGAUUAAAUAGCAAUGAUAUUUUUUUUUGUGGUGAAAUAAGCAAUUGUAAUGCAGACGAUAAAUGCAUAUAAUUUGCUAUACUUCACAAUAAAAGCACCUCAUCAUGU